GCCCAUUUGAAUCACAAUAACCUACACGCCCGAGCCAUCGGAGCUCCCCUCCACCCUCUCAAAGGGGUUGGGUUGGUAGGGCCUUUUCCAUGUCACACCCCACCGCAGCUCCGCUAUCAAGACCACCGCUCUCACCACCCUCGUCGGCGGCUAUGUCUCCCUUGUACAAACAGAAAUCUUGGUCACCGGACACGUUUCGCGAUGAGGCGUGGCAGCGGCGGAAGGGUACCCAUGGAAGCUGCCUCAAACGGCGAAGCAAGAGCGUUACCGAUGAGGACCUUGAUGAGAUUAAGGCUUGUAUCGAAUUAGGGUUUGGAUUUGACUCGCCAGAAAUGGAUCAACGAUUGUCUGAUACUUUUCCGGCCUAUGACAUGUUUUACGCCGUGAAUAAACAAUACACCGACACCCUUUCAAAGACUUCGUCAGUAUCAUCGGUCAUCUCCGAUUGCGAGUCAACCCUUCCUCCCGUUAGUCCCCACACCAUUGUCAAUCCAGGAGAUAAUCCACAGGCAGUGAAGACAAGGUUGCGGCAAUGGGCACAGGUGGUUGCUUGUGUGGUGCGUCAAUCUUCGUAUUAAUGGAUGCUGUAAGCUGCAUAUAUUGAAUGAAUGAAUAGGAAGAUGAUGGUAAUUUGUUGUGUACCAGUACUGUUGUUUUUCGGGCAUUGAAGCAAAAAGGAUUAACUCAUACUUAAUUUGAAAAACUAAUUAUAGUUAAGAUUGAUUCAACUUAUUCAAUCUUGGCAACUA